AAAUGCACAUGCUUUCUCAUGUACGUCGAGGUCAGCAUUGCUUCCUCAAGGUUAUAUUUACAGGAGAGCGGAGACUGCGAGGAAGUAAUGUCCGAACGUCAAGGUCCGAUUCGAGCUUUUGUGCCGUUGUCGGGCAAUUUUGAGCUCUCUGGAUCUGCUUCCAGGUUCGCUGAUCAAAGACCUUUCGUAGCGAUGGUGGACACGUACACAACAGUACCAGAUCGACAAUAUUGUUCCGUGUCCGUAGUUUCACUAAGCAACGGUAAAGGAGUUCGGCGAUUUGCGUUCGAGGAACCCAUAUGUGGCUUGAGUGCUGCAGCUAGAUAUCUUGUGGUCUCAUUGUCUACGCGCUUGGUUGUUCACGACAUCGUCACUCUCACAGAAAUACGUUCCAUUCGGGUCGUCCAGCCGCCAGAAUCUUGUGCUCCGGCCGUUGCACUCAAUCAGCAAUUCAUUGCCUUUGCAGAUUUCAAGGUGAGGUUUACCAACACUGCUCAACGAAUGCAUGUUCAGGCUCUCUCGCGAACGGUAACAUCAUCAGUGACUGGUGGAAGUGGAGUGAAAGCUGGUGAAGUCCCUAUGGGAAUCGUCACUGUCCUCGACCUGGAGCGGGAAGUUGAAGAUGGAUCUGCUAUUAUGGCGCACUUUGCUGCCCAUAAUGAGCCAUUGGCCACAAUUGCAUGGUCACCGGAUGGGCGAUUGUUGUUGACGACAGAUACAUCAGCUUGUGUUUUCAAUGUUUUCUCGAUUCUUACUCAUCCCUUCACUCCUUUGCUGUCUGCAGUACAACAUCUUUAUCGACUACGGCGUGGAACAACAGUUGCGAAGGUGGUGUCAUGUGCGUUCUCAUUGGAUUGUCGUUGGGUGUCAAUAUGCACGAACCAUGGCACUUGUCAUGUAUUCGCCAUUAGUCCAUAUGGUGGAAAACCAUCAAGACGAACUCAUGGGGAACAUUUUACGAACAAAGAAUCACGAUUCCUCCGUUCGGCAGGUCUGACUAGUGUGGAGACUCAAGCAGUACUGCCACCACGUUCGAGGAAUCAGAGCGGUGCAACCCCGUUGUCUCGGUAA